AUGUCCACCAACGUCGACGGCAAGCUGCCGCCGCCGUCGUUCAACCUGGACCAGCUGACGAGCAUGUUCGCCGUCAACAACCUGUCGCAGGCCGACGCGAUUGCUUUAUCUGGUGAGCAAAUUAACCAAAUUACUACUCCACAGCGCACUUGCGGUGGGGUUCGGGCACUGCAGCACGUUCUCGGACCGGAUCCAGCCGCAGUCGGUGGACCCGACGAUGAACGCGACGUACGCAGCGGACCUGCAGGCGGCGUGCCCGGCCAGGGUGGACCCCAACAUCGCGCUGCAGCUGGAUUCCCCGUCACGCCGCAGGCCUUCGACAACCAGUACUUCGUCAACCUGGUGAACGGCCGCGGGCUCCUCACCUCCGACCAGGUGCUCUACUCCGACGCCCGGUCGCAGCCCACCACCGUGGUGGCGUGGGCGCAGAACGCCACCGACUUCGAACAGGCGUUCGUCGACGCCAUCGCCAGGCUCGCCGCGUCGGCGUCAAGACCGACCCGUCGCAGGGGAACAUCCGCCGCGACUGCGCCUUCCUCAACUGAUCGUCUCGUCUGGGUCCGCCGCCUCUGA